AUGGCCUCGCCACCCCCAACGCGCGUCCGCGUCUCUCCCGAGCUGCACGCCACUCUCAUCGAUCUCUGCACCGGCAUCCUGCCCCUGUACGGGAUCGGCGUCCCGGCCCGCGCCUUCUCGUGCUUUGCGGAGGCGUUGUUACGCAACGAGAACGGACAGCAACCCCUCCCUGAGCAACUCGAAAAGCGAUACCAGGAUUGCUCGAGCCGCAUGUACCAUUCGUGGGUUGACGUCGAGACACGCCCACACGCGGAGCCGAUCUCGAUGGACGCCUAUCUUGCAUUCCAACGCGCCUUGGAUCGACUCCAUCUUAAGACGCUGCCCUCCCUCCUUGUCGCCGUCCCGACCGACUUCGACUGGGAGGAAUUCCAGUCGCCGGUCUGUGCCAACCCAUUCGCCUGGUUGGACAUCGACGGAAGUGAAGAGGCUUGGCGACCUGACAGCUUGCGGAUCGAAUUCGACAGGGACCGGAUCAACGACUCGCAACCCAUCUGCCUGCAACACUGCUCUGACCCCCAGACGCUCGCUCGCGUCAACCGGCUGAGGGAGGAUGGCGCCUGGCUACGAGAGCCGGACAACUUCAACAAGCUCCUCUCCACCCUUCAGGACGAGGGCGCGCCCAUGGACGACGUCUUUCGUGUUGCCGCCUUCGUUGGAUCGCGGCUGCUCGGUGGCGGCCCGGACGGGUACCAACAUGUCUACAGCUUUUCUCACUACUGCGCUCCGGAUGGCAACAACCCGGCAGCGGAGCCCUACACGGUCGCGGAACGCCAGAUCAACACGGAGAUUGGCGAAAUUCUCCGAAAGAAGGCGUGGAAGGUCGAGGUCUUGACAGAAACAGACGCUGUGGGCCUGAUGCAAGAACUCGUCCGUCGCCGAGCUCUCACUCCGGACCAGGCCACGUACAUGAUGUCCAAGCUACGCUACAUGGCACGCCAUCCGCCGCGCGAAGGCGUCGACUACACCGCCGUCCCCGGCGUCUUUACCACCGCCGCCAACUUCUUGGGCUCCGACGGCUCUGUAUUGAAGGCCAAGGGGCCGCUCAAGUAG